AUGCUUAAUUUGAGACCCUUGAAGUUGAACCCCCCAGCCUAUAACAACAGCUUUUCAAUCAAUGAUGCUGGAGUGUUGGAAGUCAAGACCUCAAUUGACAGAGAAAUAUGUCCAAACCUUGUGGUGGGCAUUCAGGCAGCUCAGCAAGACAAGUUCUUCAAAACAGCCGAUGCUGUAGUUCUGGUUACCAUUGGAGAUGAGAAUGACAAUGUUCCAGUACUGUCACAAGCAACUUACAAUGUCUCACUUCUGGAAAACUUCCCAAAUGGGAUGGAAGUUCUUCAAGUAACAGCUACUGACCAAGAUGAGGGAGGCUUCCAGGGAACGCUCAGUCUCACUCCAGAGGACAGUCCCUUCCAGCUGAGUCCAGCUGGGAUCCUGACUGUGAGGAACUCCACGCUGCUGGACAGGGAGAGAGUACCCUCUAUUCACCUGCAGGUCACUGCCAGAGAUCAUUUGCCACCUUAUGAAGCGGUGAACUCUUCCAUCAACAUAGUGCUGCUGGAUGAAAAUGACAACAGCCCAACCUUUACAGGCACACCAUAUAGACAAGAUAUUUUCCUCAACAUGACUGCAGGAAUGGACAUCCUUCAGGUCACUGCCACUGAUCCGGAUGAUGGUAUAAAUGGAGAGAUAAGCUUCAUCUUAGCUGGUGGCAAUGAAGAUGGACACUUUGAACUGGAUACAUCCACAGGACAAAUCAGUUUAAAAACCGUAAUCCCAUUAGGAAUCAACCAGCUUAGGAAGUUUGUCUUGUGGAUAACAGCUACUGAUGGUGGGACUGUUCCAAGAAGUUCAUCAGUGCCAGUAGAAAUCUUUGCAGUUGGAGAUUCCAGACCACAGUUUAUUCAGAAAGCAUACAAUGUGUCUGUAGAAGAAGAGCUGAUUGCUCCUGUUGAAGUAGCACAAGUAGAGUAUGAGGCUUUAAAUCCCCAUAUACCAGUUGAGUUUCGGGUGCUGACGGAAUCGGCUCCAUUUGCCAUCGAUGACAAGGGAGUCAUCUCAACAAAUACCACACUGGACUACGAAUCCCAGAAAAACUACACUCUCAAUAUUUCCUUGUCAGAUGGAAGCACUGCUGACUAUGCCACAGUGUUUAUCAGAGUCACAGACAUCAAUGACAACAGUCCUGUGUUUGGUACCACCAACACCACCAUUGCCCUCGCGGAGAACAUGCCGGCAGGAACCAACGUCACCAGCGUGUCAGCCACGGACAUGGAUGAGGGCUUUAAUGGAUUCGUGGUUUACACUCUGAAGGGUGGAGAAGGAAAAAUGGAUAUUGACAGUUCAGGAUACAUUUUGCUGCAAAAGGUGCUGGACAGAGAAGAACAAGGCUUCUAUAACUUAACUGUGAUUGCCAGUGACCAAGGCCAACCUGCACAAUCUACAGCGCUCGACCUGACCAUCAUCAUCGAUGACGUGAAUGACAACGACCCGGUGUUCUCAUCGAGCAGGUAUGAGGUGAAGGUCCCUGAAGACCAGGAGCUGGGCAGUGCCCUGCUGACACUGUCUGCCACUGACGAGGAUGCUGGGCCCAACGCCCUCGUGACGUACCGAAUCACUGACCAGAGACCUCAAACCUCCUCCCCGGUGUUCCUUGUCAACUCAAGCACGGGCCAGCUCAGCCUGGGCCAGCAGCUGGAUUAUGAAACCAUAAAUGAAUUUGAAGUGAAAGUGGAGGCAGCAGAUGGAGGUCAGCCAGCUCGGAGCACUGAAACACGGGUAGUUGUUUGUGUACAAGAUGUCAAUGAUAACCCACCAGAAUUCAGUCAGGCAGUUUAUGAUGUAUUUGUGUUUGAAAACCAUCGGAAGGGGAGUCCUGUCUACACAUUCAGUGUUGCUGACAAGGACGAGGCUGGCUUUUCUCAGGGAUACUUCAUUCUCAACAGCACUUCAUUUACUGUGGAUGUCCCUGGAACACUUUCAUUAAGGAAUGACACAGAAUUGGACAGGGAGACUACAUCUGGAUUCACUUUACAAGUAUGGGCAGUUGAUAAUGUAAUAAAUGGGCUUAAUUCAAGUGCCCUGUUCCACAUCACUGUUCUGGAUGUCAAUGAUAACAACCCUGAGUUUCAGAAUCAGCCAUACAGUUUCGAGGUUCUGGAAGGGGAAUACAUGUUGAAUAAUUCCACUAGAGUUGGACAUGUGACUGCUACUGAUUUGGAUGAGGGAGAGAAUGCACGAAUUACUUACUACUUGGCACCUGAGGAUGGAGAUAAUCCAUACAGCAUCCAGGAGGAUGGAACCAUUUUGGUUACUGGCUCUGUAGACAGAGAGAGUAAAGAGAAGUAUGAGCUGCUCCUGGUGGCAUCUGAUAACGGAGUGCCUCUGAGGCAGAACUUCACACAUGUCAGCAUCCAAGUGUUAGAUGUGAAUGACAACCCUCCCCAGUUCACAAGGGCACAGUACUCAGCCAGCAUCCAUGUGGCAGCAGCAAAGGAAGGAGAGUUUGUCCUGUCAGUGUCUGCCACUGACCUCGACCUUGGGAACAACGCCGUCAUUUCGUACAGCCUCAUGACCCAUUCUGAUGAUUUCCAUAUAAAUAAUGGCACUGGAGAAAUCACCCUCAGCAGUACCCUGGACCACAUCACAGCCGACACGAUUGUUACACUGACAGUUGUUGCCACUGAUCAUGGAGUUCCUCAGCUCAGCUCAAAUGCCUCUGUUACUCUCUACUUGCUGGUAAAUGACACCAGCUUUGGACUGACUUUUGAGAGCUCCAGCUACGAGUUCAGCCUUGAGGAAAACAAAGCCCCAGGGACGGCAGUGGGCUCUGUGAAGGCUCUGACUGGAAGCAUAGCUGUGCAGGUUGGGUACUCCCUGAAAUCCCACUGGGACAGGUUCUCCAUCGGCGACCAAGGAGACAUCGUGGCCCUUGUCCAGCUGGAUCGGGAAGAAGGAGACCUGUACAGCAUCCUCGUAGAAGCUGUGGAUUCUCUGGUGCCACCCAACACAGCUGUUGCUUUGGUUACUGUGAGGGUUGAAGACAUCAAUGACAACCCUCCAGUUUUCUCUGCGUGGAUCCAAACUCAUUUAUCAGCUCCUGAGAAUGCAGCUGGUCUAGACCUGGGCACAUUUUCUGCUACUGAUCUGGAUAUAGGAGAUAAUGCACUUAUCAGCUACUCUCUGCAAGAUGAUUUUGCUGGAACAUUCCAUAUGAACAGUUCUACGGGCAAGCUGAUGACAAAGAAGUCCUUAGACAGGGAAGUGAUGGACAGUUAUGAAUUGAAAAUAAUGGCCACUGAUUCUGGCAAGCCACCACAAUCUGCAAGCUUAGUUCUGAGCAUCGCUGUGGAAGAUGAGAAUGACAACCCACCAGUGUUCCCCCAAACGUCCUACUCCGUGACUGUGAGGGAGAAUGAGCCUCCGCAUGUGAUUUUGAGUGCAGUAGCCACAGAUGCAGAUCUAGGGUACAAUGCCAUCAUUCAUUACACCAUAACUGGAGAGACAACUUCAUUUCAUGUUGGAGAACUUUCUGGAGAUAUUGUAACCCUUCAACCUCUGGACUAUGAAAGUCAUUCCCAGUAUAUGUUUGUUCUGAGAGCUUUCAAUCCUGGAGAGCCACAUCUCCAGGACACAGCAAACAUUACAGUUACUGUGGAAGAUGUCAAUGAAGAAGGACCCGUGUUUGACCAGUCCUCAUAUUACAAGAUCCUCCCAGACAAUUCUACAGCUGGCACACUGGUAGUGGACAUCAAUGCAAGAGAUGAAGGCAAGGGUUAUGAUGAAGGCAUUUUCUACAAUAUUUCAGAUGGAAACUCAGAAGGCCUCUUUAGUCUUUCCAGUACUACAGGAGAACUCAGGUUAACAAGAGACUUAUCCAAACAAACUGCUCCCCUGUAUUACUCCUUGAAUGUCACCGCUACAGAUUCGGGUCUGCCACCUCUUUCAACUUCUGUAAAGGUGUCAGUCAUGGUUUCUCCCAUGGAUGUGUCCUUCCCAGUGUUCCUGGAAGAAGCCUAUCACCCUGCCCCUCUGUCAGAGAAGACCCCUGCAGAUACGUUUGUUGUAGAGAUCAGUGCCUUGUACAGGCUCCCUGUGAACUACAGCAUCGCCUCUGGAGAUGAGCAGGGAUAUUUCAUUAUCCAUUCAUCCAAUGGUAUCGUAAGAACAAGUAAGAAUCUAGAGCUGGAAGAUUUCCCAGUCAAUUUCAAGGUACGAGCAACAGACUCAUCUAAUGCUGCCAUAUUUAGUGAAGUUGGAGUGAAGGUGGAAGCUAUCGAUGAAAACGAUUUCCCGCCGGUUUUCCCAUCCUCUCUACUAGAAGAGAGCUUGCCAGAGCAUGCCCCUGCUACUGAGAUUGUGCAGCUGAAAGCUCAGGACAAUGACACAGGUAGAAAUGGUCUCCUGACAUACGGCAUUCUCAAUGGACACGGACUAAAAUUCAGGAUAAAUGCAACAACUGGAAUCCUUUAUUCCACGGCCCCCUUUGAUUAUGAAGAGGAACCCACAGAGUAUCAGGUUGUGGUGUAUGCUGAAGACAAUGGAAUCCCUGAGAAGAAGAGGGGUUACUGCACAGUUGUGAUAAAGAUCACUGAUGUUAAUGACUGGCCACCUGUGUUUGAUCCAGUGCCUGACUUCAGUGUCCAUGAAAACGUGCCCGUGGGAUUCAUAGUUGGAAAAAUCACAGCGUCAGACAGAGACAUGGGAGACAAUGCCUUUGUUCGGUAUAACCUCACAGGUGAAGGAGAAAAUAUAUUUGAAAUAGAUGAAAUACAGGGCAUCAUUAAGAUAAGGAACUCUCCAGACUAUGAAACCAUGAAUAAAUACAACCCUACAGUGACUGCAGUCAACAAUAAAUCUGCCCCUUUCUACCAGGCAGCCACCCAUGUCAGAGUUGCAGUGAUUGAUGUGAAUGAUAAUGCCCCAGUGUUUGCCCAGAGCUCCUAUUCCACUUCCAUAAACAUGGUGAAUCCCGUGGGCACUCCUGUCCUCACCGUGAGCGCCGCCGACUGCGACCAGGGGCAAAACGGCCUAAUUGAGUAUUCCAUCCUCCCGGAUCGCACUGUGAGCCCGUUCUUCCUGAUAGAGGAUUUGAGCGAGGGGAAGAUAAUUACAACUGGAAACCUGUCUAGACCUGGAGAGAUGCAUUUAACAGUGAUGGCAAAGGACAAAGGUUCUCCUCCUUUAAAUGGCACUGCUGUGGUAACUCUGAGUGUGUUUGACAACCGUCCAUUCGUUCCUCGCUUCAACACAAGUGAGAUCAGCAUUUCUGUUUCGGAAAACACUGGAGUGGAUUAUUUAAUUUAUGAUUUUGCUGUGGUUGAAGCUUCAGGAAAACCAAUUGAUUACGCUGUUGUAUCUGGCAAUGAAAGAGGUCACUUUAGACUGGAUCCUGAAAGCGGUGAGCUGAGAACAGCAGUUAAUUUGGACUAUGAGGAAGUUUCUCAGUAUGUGAUUUUAAUUCAAGCAACCCAAAAGGUCUCCUCUGCUGCAGAAGUCCAGCAUUCAGGCCUGUUUGCUGAGAACGUGGCCAUGCUGACGAUCUCUGUGCAGGAUGUGAACGAAGAGCCCGUGUUUUCCAGCAAUUCCUACUCUGCCCGCAUUCCCAGCUCAGUGCCCUACAAAUACUCUGUCAUCACAGUCCAGGCCACAGAUCCAGACUCAGGAGCCAAUGGACUUCUGCUGUACAGCUUAGUGAGAGGUCAAACCAACGAGUUCGACAUCAAUGAACACACGGGGCAGAUUUUCACAGUUUCUGUGGCAGGAAAGGCUGGAACUUUCAAUCUGGAAGUCCAAGCUGCAGACCAAGGCACAAGAAGACUCACAGCCCGGACAACAGUCAGCGUAACUGUUGAUUCCAGUUCCAGGAGCAACAUUGUGAUGCUGGUGCUUAAUCAGAAGAUCAAUGUUGUGGAAAGAAACAGUGCUGAAGUACAAAGGGUCCUGGAAGAUAAACUCAGAUGGAAUGUGUAUGUGGUUGAUAUUUAUUCCAAGGAGUUUGAGGGAAAAGCAAGGAGCAGCACUGAUGAAACCCAAGUAUGCAUCAUUGCUUUUGAUGAGGCCCACCAGGAAGUACCUGCAGAAGAUGUGAGAAGAAAGCUGAGGGAGCAGAAGGCUGACAUUGAGCUGGGGCUGGAGCAGGUGUUCUCAGCACCUGUCAGCGCUGCCAUCGCGGAGGCUCCCGCUGCCCCGGCGUCCCCGGCGCUCGUGGCCGCCGUCGUGCUCGGGGUGCUGCUGGCCGGCACCUCCGUCGCCUUCCUGGUCUAUGUCCUGCUGGACCGGAAAAGGAAAAGAAAGUAUGGGAAACAGGAUUUGGUCAAGAAAGUUGAAAUUAUGGAGGGCUUUGAUAACCCGUGGGCAGCUGACAAAAAUGGAAGUCUGAAAAGCUUAGAGAAACCAGAGUACAUGAAUAAUGGGAGAACUGAGAUGAUGUCAUUUGACAACCUGGAAGGCACCAGAGGAGAUGAUGCUGAAAAAGAUGAAAUUCAGGGCCCUGAAAAAGACAAUUACCUGGAGACAAUGUUGCUGCAUUACAAGGGUAAAAGUGAGCAAAAUGGAGCAUCUGAAAAAGCUGCUGAAAGUAGAAAUGUGGAGGUCCAGCCCACUGUGGGAUUCACAACAAAACAGGAUUCCUUUCCAACAGACACAAACCAGAAGCCAGCUGUUUCCUCAACACCUCAUCCCACAUUGCCUGCCCCUGAGAAAGAACUGAAAGGAGUUAAAUUUUCAGAGGUGGCAGUGAUUUUGGACGCAGAGCCUAGAGAUGAUGACUCUGAAGGCAAUGAGUCUGGUGAUGAUGGAUCUCUCUGAUAAGAACACUCAGUGAAGAAAAUUUUUAGAAAAACCACAAUGAGACUCAUUAGAACAGCUCAGAAUUAAAUGAGCAAUAAGAAUAUGGGAAUGUAAUCCAGGUUUUAAUUCUGCUGCUGUUGCAAGGAUGUAUAAGGAGGAGGAGAAGCAAUAUGCGGGAAGGGCUG